UACAUGGAAUGGUAUACCUAUAUCUGCUGCCUAUAGCACUGCCAGUGACAAAAGCCAACAGGCUGUAACCUGUGUAACACGCAGGAAAAAAUAAGAAAUUACAAGAUCCGAUCAUUGCGUUUGUUGAGCGUUUUAACCUCACAUUCGUGGACAGUAAGUAUUCAUAUAUUUUAUACAAUAUAGCGACUGAAACCUUGUUCUCGAGAACUCAAGUAGGAACAAAGGGUGUACUAAUCGUACGUAUGUACAUGUAACUGUACGUGUAGCACAGACAGGUACUCUCGAGAAAAUCAGCGAGCAAAUUAGUCCAAAAGGCCCAAGAUUGAGAACCUGUAAGCAACCAAGUACAAGGAAGUUACAGAAGUUCCGGUCCCGGAGGACGUACGAUCGCAUAGAAGCUGGACCUGGCACGCGAUAUAGCCGCAGGAGCAUCCUCCAGCUUCAUGAGAUGCAAGCUGCCUAUUGCGCAUGAAUUGAUGAAUUCCUCGUCGAGUAGCUGCAUCAGUAGCAAAAAAAAAAGCAGAAGCAACAACUGCACCUCAUCGGCCAGCUGUACCAUUACUAGUAGCAGUUAUUUUCUGUCACUACGGCGCCAUCGACACCAUCAAGAUCAACAACAUCCGCAAAAUCAUCAACGUUUGCGUCAGGAACAACAGUAUGGACAUUAUCAUCCCGUCACUGCUACCCUAGCCUCUCCUUCGAUGCCGUCCACGUCCCGAUCGUAGCGUCAUAGCAGCUCUACAUACAUUAACGUGCAUUAACGAAGCAACCUAGAGAUUAAGUCGGUGCAAAAAGAGGACGUUCUCCUUCUCAUACUGCCAUUAAGAUUAUAGCAAACAAUCGAAACAUUGAAGGUAGGAUUGUGCGUGCGCGAGCGCGCGUGUGUGUAGUUCAGUGUACCUGAUGAGAAAUGAGAAUACGUGAAAAAGUGUAACAGAGUCUAGACCAGAUGACCAAAUCUAACAAGUUUUACAAUCUGAGUUAAGGUGGUGAUAUUUGAUCAUAGAUUACAGCGAGACUCCGAGGGCAUGCCGAUGGAGCUCCCCGCAGAGCUCUGAGAAAGUGGUAUUCCAAGAUUUUGCUGCUGCUGCUAAAAAGAAGAAGUAAGAGCGCCGCACACACAGUGUAGAAGAUUGAACAACUGAAAACUGAAUUGAGCAGGGAAAAAGUGCGUGUGUGAUAAAUAGUGUGAAGGUAACGAAAGAAAAGACAAAAGAGAGAGGACUCUAGAGAGCACGAAAAAUAGAGAAUUGCUCCGCGGUCGGUGGUCACCGCAGGUUAUGGCCAACCUGAACUUCGAGGCCCCACCAAGGAGUAUAGCAACUAAUGCGAGUUUAGCCACCCGAGCAGCAGUAGCGGCAGCAGCAGCAGUAGCAGCCGGUAGCGGCAGUAGUUUGACCUCGUCGACCCUAGCGGGUCAUGUCACUCCCACAACCGGUAUGUUCUCAGGCUCAUCCUCGAGCACUUCUGGUGCGGCGAGCAGCGCGGUCAUUGGGCCAAACUUAUCUUACCACCCAGUGGGGGCAGCUUCAGGUGUUAUUGGUGGAGCACAAUCAAGCUCGAAUCACGCAGCAGCAGCAGCAGCCGCAGCGGCGGCGGCGGCAGCAGCAGCAGCAGCAGCAGCAGCAGCAGCUCAACAACAACAGCUUUCUCCUAUGAAUAGUAGGGGCCUUUUUGGCCAAAGUCAGAGAGCGUUUACUGGUGAUAGGCGUAAUAUGCCAACUCUAGGAAAUAAUCCAAUUGGUGGUAUGAACAGUUUUGGAAUACCCCAAAAUCGCAACUACGGAUCUCAAGGUACUAUCAACAAUUUUCAUUCAUUUGGUAGUGGGACGAGUGCUGGUGGUGGAGGAGACACAAGUACACCUCCACUUUUGGACCUGUCUGAAUUUCCUUCGUUAACUAAUAGGGGGCAAGGGGACUCCUCUAUGCCCCAACCUAGUCCCAUGCCAGGGAAACAACCUUAUGGUAUGAAAACACUUAAUUAUGUUACUAAAGUUGGAAUGGUGAAGCAACCGACGUCAGAAGCAAGCGAGUUCACAAUGAGCUCGGAAGAUUUUCCUGCAUUACCGGGAACACAGAGUCGAGAAGGUCCGUCGCCUGGAGGAAGCGUGAUGUCGGGUGAUAAGGGAAUUAAUGUUGGUUUGGGUCCAGAGUUGAGUCAAGAUGUGUUGCAGGCCAACAGAACAAAUAGUUCCGAUAAAUCUGCUUCAACGAAAAAAGGCAUUCAGACAUCACCUGAUGGUAAAGUGACGAAUAUACCAGCAAGCAUGGUGAAGGACCAGUUUGGCAUGGUCGGCUUAUUAACAUUCAUCAGGGCAGCCGAAACAGAUCCGAAUCUCGUGACAUUGGCGCUAGGCCAAGAUUUGACGGCGCUAGGCCUCAAUCUUAACUCGCCCGAGAAUCUGUAUCAGAAUUUUGGUGGUCCGUGGGCCGAGACGCCCUGUCGACCGCAGGACAUUGACUACCACGUUCCACCAGAAUACCUGAUCAAUGCUUCCAUAAGGGAUAAGCUAGCGCCUGUCAAACUGAAUCGAUAUAAGGACGAUCUCUUGUUUUACAUGUUUUAUACAAAUGUGGGUGACGUGUUACAGCUUGCGGCUGCAGCAGAACUGUAUAGUCGCGAAUGGCGAUAUCAUAUGGAGGAAAAAGUGUGGAUCACGCAGGCGCCAGGCCUCGGGCUCGUUGAAAAAACCUCAACAUACGAGCGCGGCACUUAUUACUACUUUGACGCGCAAAACUGGCGUAAGGUUGCCAAGGAGUUCCAUCUUGAUUACACGAAGCUCGAAGGCAGGCCCCACUUGCCCAACUCUUUUUAUCAGAGUCAGCCUUGACCAGGUCUGCCCUCGACUGCACCGACUUCUCCUCUUUCUCCUCCUCCUUCUCAGCAACUGGUGCCACAGCAGCAGCAGCAACCAUCCUCGCCCAUUUCUGCCCGAGCGGCCAGGUGAAUCGCGUGCCCAAGCGCAAUGGACGUUUUUGCUAUGUGAGUUUUGUGAGCGCACGAGGCGAGCGAUCGAGACCGAGAGAGAGGAUUGUUUGCCCAGCCAAGAGAAAGAGAACGAAGAGAAGGCACAAUUCGUACAGUAACGUCACAUGUAAGAAAUAAAAGGAAAAAAAAAAAAAAAAAACAAGAGCCGGCCGAUCAUGUGUUCUCAACUUUCACGGGGAAUGGAUGUUUCUUGAGCUCUUGUGCUACUUCGUUCUUACCAACUGAGAAUUCGGAGAUAAGCGACUAAGCCAUUGUAUAAAUGAACAAAUUUAUUAAUCUUUAAUAAAGCGAUGAAAUUUCACGGAGUUAAACAAACACUAUUGUUGAGAAACCAUUUAAAUUAUUUGCUAUUACUAUUUUUUUUUUUUUUUUUUUUUUU